GGAGUUUGGACCACACCCCUUAUUCUUCUUCCAUAAGAAGACCUCCUCCUUGCAUUUCAAAUCCAAACUCUAUGGUUCAAUUUCUUUGAAUUGAAGAAAACCACAUGCAUACAAAUUAUAAUUGUUACAUCCAUAUUUAAUUUCUUGAAGUAGUUUCUCAUUCUUCUUUCAUUACAAUUUUCAAGGAAAUUAUCAACGAAAAUGAGGAGGAGAAAUGCUGGUACAUAUGAGAAUUCAAGGAAGAAGAUAUCAAGUGGAAAACUUGGAAGGUUUCUCAAGGAACAGAGAGGACGUCUAUACAUAAUGAGAAGAUGUAUAAUCAUUCUAAUUUGUUGGCACGACUAGCAACUGAGAAAUUGUGUGUUCUGAGUUUAAAACGUAGUAGGUUUUAAUAUAUAUUCCUUUUCUUUAAUUUUUUGUUCUAUGGUCACAUGGUUUUGAAAA